CUUCUUGGCCGCCCCGCCCGCCCCGCCCGGGAGUCGCUCGUGGCGCGUGCCGAGGAAGCAGCAGGGAGGCGCCGCCGUCGCCGCGCAGCGCUCGCAGACUCCGCGGGGCAGAGCCACCUGCCCGCCCGCCGCCCCGGACCCCGCGCCGGCCCGCCUGCCCUGCCCGGCCGCAGCAGCCAUGAGCGGCUGGAAUUGCUACAUCGACAGCCUGAUGGCCGACGGCACCUGCCAGGACGCCGCCAUCGUGGGCUACAAGGACGUGCCCUCCGUCUGGGCCGCCGCCCCGGGCAAGACCUUCGCCAACAUCACGCCUACGGAGGUGAACGUGCUGGUGGGAAAGGAGCGGAGCAACCUCUUUGUGAACGGGCUGACGCUGGGCGGCCAGAAGUGUUCCGUCAUCCGGGACAGCUUGCACACGGACGGCGAGUGCACCAUGGACCUGCGGACGAAGAGCACGGGCGGCGCCCCCACCUUCAAUAUCACAGCAGCCAUGACCAGCAAGACGAUAGUCCUUGUGAUGGGCAAGGAAGGAAUCCACGGCGGUUGCGUCAACAAGAAGUGCUUUGAGAUGGCCAGCCACUUGCGGAGGUCCCAAUAUUGAUGUGCCUGCGCUGCCCCGCCUGUGGUACUACUGAUGGAACGGUGUAAGGAUGUCCAAGGUGGCGGCGACUGCCUGGGGCCACCGGCCUUGCCAUCGUGGGAUCGACCCUGGUGCCAGAUCGCUGUCUAUUCCAGCCCCGUUUGUUGCCUCCCCCACCCCUUUCUAUCAUUUUUUUCUAACCCCUUCCCUGGCACUGUCACUCCUUUUCCUCUUUGCCAUUUUUCUAUCACAAAUCCUUAUUGCUGCCAAAUUUUCUGGUUGUUACAAGGUGUAGUUUUUUGGUUAAGAAAACUAUAUUGGAACAAGAAAAAUAAAAAUAAAUUGAAUUCUAAAGCA